CAUUUUGAUUACGGGCGGCUUCAGCCCUGUCAGCUCAGGCUCCGAUGGGGCUAGGGGGGCUGCUGGUUCCCGCUCUGGGCUUGGCUGCCGCUUGGCUGCUGGGUCUGGGGUUCGAGCCCAGCUCCUGGCUGCCCCCGUCCUUCUCCGGGCGGGGCCGGCUGCUGAGCCCCGCCGAGCUCGCGCGUCACACGGGAGCGCCGGGCAGCCCCGGCCUUUACCUGGCGGUGCUGGGGCAGGUGUUCGACGUGCGGCGGGGGCACAAGCAUUACGGGCCGGGGGCGGCCUAUAGUGUCCUGACAGGGAAAGAUGCCUCCAGGGCUUUUGCCACAGGAGAUUUCACCAACACCGGACUUGUGGAUGAUGUUUCUGGGUUAUCUCCGUCAGAAAUAUUGACUAUACAAAACUGGCUCUCUUUCUACAGCGAGAACUACAUUUUCGUUGGCAAACUGGUAGGAAGAUUCUAUGAUGAAAAUGGGGCACCCACAAAAGCUCUGGAGCAGGCCAAGGCUGUCAUCGAAGAAGCGCUGAAGUUCAAGGAACAAAACAAUGAGAAGAAGCAGUUCCCAUCCUGUAACUCUGAAUGGAGCUCUGCCAGUGGCAGCAGAUUCUGGUGUUCCAAACAAAGUGGGGGAGUGAACAGAGACUGGAUUGGAGUCCCCAGGAAGCUGUACAAGCCCAGUUCCAGUGAUAGUCACUGUGUGUGUGUGAGAACUACUGGACCUCCCUCUGGACAAUUGGAUUCUACUGAGCACAGUGACAGAGGGGACUUGGACAAUCCUAACUUGCAAGAAUACAAGGGAUGCCAUCCACUAGCUGACUGGUGUGUGCUAAAAGAUUGAGUCAAUAACCAUGUUGGACUUGAUGCAUUUAUUGUCCUAAAAUGAAAUAGUUGAUUAGGUACAGUCAAAAAUGCAUGUUUUGAGCUUUACAAGGGAUUCUCUGAUAUACAAGACUGGGGCGACUCAGUCAGAAACAGGAAUCAGUUUGUAUAAAACUAUACUUGAGUAAAUGUAAAUACCAUGUUAAAGUGCCCGUAAAAACAAUGGAAAUGUGAUACAUGGAGAUAGCAUGGUAAGGAAAAUUUUAUGUUAAAAUGGAAAAUCCUCUUUGCCAAUAGCUGUUGCUGUAGCUUGUUGGUGCACUGGCACUUAAUUCUGGCAAGAAAAAAGGAUUUUUCUUCUGCAAUUGAGAAAUAGCUCUAUCUAUGGAAUGGUGCUGGUGGGAGUAAUGUCUGUGAAGUGAGCUCUAAGCUAGCACAGCACUACACUGUAGACCCAUUUUCACUUACCUGCAGCAUACAAAACAGCCCCCCUCUUCUCUACCAUCAUAACAUUGCUCCUUUUAUGGCAGAGUUGUGCUAAUACUGUACUCACUAAUCUGCACAUGCCACCAACUGGCUGAGAAAGGACUUAGCACAGUAGAGGCUUCCCUUACUUCUAGUUUUGCUAUUGAACAUUUACGCGUGUCAGAUAGGAUCCAGGACAGGAGGUGAUGCAGUAUCAGUGUUUCUACCAUUCUUUGGGUAUAGGAAACACUAAGGUAUACUCAGUCCCUUCUCUCUUAUCCUAUGACUUGCUAUUGCCAUAGUAUGUAGAAGCCAUGAGUCCUGUUCUAACUGAACAAUGAAAGUGAUCCACAGACAGGUAAUGGAUUUUAUUGCUAUAAUCAAUCUCUCCUCCUCCCUUACUUAUUUACUACCUCUACUUGUUGCACUCUCUCUCAUUAGAUUGUAAAGUCUUCGGAGUAGGAAUCAGGUCUUUGACAAGACCCACCCAUGUGUUACUCUAAUUUGCAAAAUCAAAUAGUGUUGUGUGUUGCCUAAAUACUAAUGCAAGCUAUUGGUAAAUGAAACUAUUUACAAAAGAGGAAGACUUCCUGAAGGUCUCCCUUGGCCAGUUCUGUUCCCCCUCCCCCCCAAAUGCUUAACUAGUGCAGGUCACUGUGUGACAGUGAGCACAAGAGAGCAAAGCUGUAUUCAAGAAUGCGCACUUAAGCGCUAUGCUGUGCACCCCCCACAAUUAGAGCUUGCACAGCAACAAACAUGAUCAUGGUUUAUAAAUUUAUUAACGUUUGUUUUUC